CAGUAGAUUAGUGUGAAUCUAAUCCCUUGAGGCCAUGUUUGUUUAGGAGAUAUAGGGAGGGAGGAGGGGAGGCAGCACAAUAUCAUAUGAUGUGAGACUAACAUAUUUUUUAUCUCUUUACCAAAUUAGAUUUAGCAAAUAAAUCUAAUCUUGUCCCAUACUAUAAUCGACCAUAACCAAGCAUAACAAAAGAAAUCCUAUAUCUCUAAUAUUACAUAUCCUCCCCAAAAUCAUAUCCAAUAGAGACAACCAAACAAACAAGGCCUAAGGGUAUUAAGCCAAUUUGAUAUUCGUAGUUACGCACACACAUACGUACGUACUCAGCUGGGGGUUUAUAAGGAAGAGAGACAAAGAACAGAGUGUGUAAAAGCCACCUGAAAAAACCUUUUGAGUCUCUCUGUCUAAAUCAGUUUGCCACGCCGGAAAUUCGCCGGAGUUCCGUAACUUCAACCAAAAAACAAAGAUGGUACAAUUCUCAGUUCUAUUCAAUGGUUUGGCUAAAAAUAUACUGGUUAAGAAUGGAAAGAAAAGUAGGAGUGAUGUUGGGAGAGAAGCUGCAGAUUCAUUGGCUAAAGAAGCAAGGAAGAAUGACUUGAUGUUGAGUUCUUCAGGCACCGUUAAUGGCGAACGGUCUGAUAAUUUUGUGUCGGUUUUCUCUAAGGGAGGGAAGAAAGGGGUGAAUCAGGAUUGCCUUGUUGUGUGGGAGGAAUUUGGAUGCCAAGAAGACAUGAUCUUUUGCGGGAUCUUUGAUGGCCACGGCCCCUGGGGUCACCUGGUCGCAAAAAGGGUUAGGAAGUUAAUGCCAUCGUCUUUGCUUUGCAAUUGGCAAGAAACCCUUGCUCAAAAUUCACUGGACCUGAAUUCAAGCACCGAACCAGGCAAAAGCCUUAAUCAAUUCGAUACAUGGAAGCAAUCUUAUUUAAAGACUUGUUCUGCCGUUGACCAAGAUCUAGAGCAGCAUCCUGGGAUUGAUUCUUUUCAUAGUGGUACAACGGCUUUGACAAUUGUUCGACAGGGUGAUCUCAUUGUUAUAGCAAAUAUUGGUGAUUCUCGGGCUGUGUUAGCCACCACUUCCGAUGAUGGCUACUUGGUACCGCUUCAGCUUACAGUUGACCUUAAACCCAAUUCGCCUCAAGAGACUGAAAGAAUAAGACAGUCCAAAGGAAGAGUGUUUGCUAUGCUUGAUGAGCCGGGCGUGUACAGAGUCUGGUUACCAAAUGGAGAGGCACUAGGAGGGCCGGGACUAGCAAUAUCAAGAGCCUUUGGUGAUUAUUACAUAAAGGGCUUUGGCCUUAUUUCCGAGCCUGAAAUUACACAAAGAAAUAUCAACUGUAGAGACCGGUUCGUCAUUCUGGCAACUGAUGGGGUAUGGGAUGUUCUCUCCAACCGAGAAGCAGUGGAGGUUGUGUCUUCAACACCAAAAAGGGAAGAAUCGGCUAAAAGAUUAGUCCAACAUGCGGUUUGUGCUUGGAAACGUAAGAAACCGGGUAUGGCAGUGGAUGAUAUCUCUGCUAUCUGCCUCUUCUUCAACAAUUCAACAUCCUCUCAAUCGGUUGACACCAUCAAGCUUCCAUAGCUGUUCGAUAUGAGAGAGAAGCAGUUUAGCUGGUCACUGAGGUUGGCAAUUAAGUUGUUGUCUUAACAGCAUUUGAUUGUAUAUUCUUUCUAGACUCUCGUUGUAGAGUUGAAUGAUAGAUAUAUUGGUGACCAAAUCCCCCUAUCAUACUUUGUUUUUAGUACAAAUGAUGUACCAUAUAUUUGUAAGAUACAAAUGAAAAUGACCAACAUAUUUGCAUCA